UCUAAGUGGGCGUGGUCUGUGUCUAUUCAGUUUUUGUCUUCGGAACAAACGACAUGGACAGAAAAGGCUGACAGGACUGCUCCACACCUGGUCCACAGGGCUGCUCUCCAAACCUCAGGGAACUAAACCAAGCAUGGAGGAUUUGUGGGCCUUGGCCCUGUGGGGCCUGAAGGUCUGGCUUUGUCUCAUCAUCACCCUCAUCAUGCUGCCAGCAAUGUUCGGCAUCUCACUGGGCAUCUCGGAGAUCUACAUGAGCAUCCUGGUCAGAACUUUGGAGUGGGCCACACUGAAGAUCCAGAAGGCAAGGACAGAGAAGCAAAUGCUCAAAGCUUCUGCGCCUAAUGGUCUCAUCCAGAGGGACAAUGGCUCCAUGGAGAAAGAACUGGAGGAGCUCAGACGCAGUCGCCCCAAACCACCAGUUGGUGGCGAUUUUACACUUAGUGACUGUUUCUAUUUCUGCCGAAGAGGAAUUGAGAGUAUUGUAGAAGAUGAGGUGACCCAGCGGUUCACCUCAGAGGAGCUGGUAUCGUGGAACCUACUGACUCGUAAUAACAACAACUUUCAGUACAUCAGCCUGAAGCUGACGCUUGUUUAUGGCCUUGGUAUCUUUGUGAGGUACUGCAUCCUCACCCCUCUCAGGAUGAUGCUGGCCUGCAUUGGCCUCAGCUGGUUGGUCAUUGGAACAUCUGCAGUGGGACUGCUCCCAAACUGGAGGAUCAAGUCCUGGCUGAGCGAAUGGGUUCAUGUCAUAUGUUAUAGGAUCUGUGCUCGCGGACUUUCUGCUGCCAUCCGCUAUCACAACAAGGAAAAUAAACCCCAGAAAGGAGGGCUCUGUGUUGCCAAUCACACCAGUCCCAUUGACAUUGUAAUUCUCUGCAAUGAUGGCUGUUAUGCUAUGGUUGGUCAGGUACAUGGCGGUUUGAUGGGCAUCAUCCAGAGAGCUAUGGUUCGAUCCUGUCCCCACGUCUGGUUUGAGAGGGCAGAGAUGAAAGAUCGCCACCUAGUGACCAAAAGGUUGAAGGAUCAUGUGAGUGACAAGACGAAGCUUCCUAUACUGAUAUUUCCUGAGGGGACGUGUAUCAACAAUACAUCAGUCAUGAUGUUUAAAAAGGGCAGUUUUGAAAUCGGAGCAACGAUAUACCCGGUAGCUAUUAAAUAUGACCCAAAAUUUGGAGAUGCUUUCUGGAAUAGUUCCAAAUACAGCAUGGUCAGUUACCUGCUGAGGAUGAUGACCAGCUGGGCCCUUGUCUGUAACGUCUGGUAUCUGCCAGCUAUGCAUCAAAAGGUGAGGGAAGAUGCCGUGCAGUUUGCCAACAGAGUAAAGUCAGCCAUUGCUCAUCAGGGAGGGUUGGUAGAUCUACAGUGGGAUGGCGGCCUCAAGAGGGCGAAGGUGAAGGAGUCAUUUAAGGAGGAGCAGCAGAAGCAGUACAGCAGCAUGGUGGUGGGAGACGACAGCAACAGUGACUGACACCUGCAGGCUGGACCACCGGCCGCUGUGCUGGUGUCACCGAACGCGCACUGGAAAUGGGACUUUUUGUGUGUCGUGAGCUGGACCCCACUCAGAGUACCAUAAAGUGGACGGAUGACUUGGACACACCGACAUACUCAGAGGAGCAUGUCAUAAAUUCACGGGAAACAUAAAUUUGAUAUCAAACUUUAUCAGAGCUGCAAGCUGACAGUGAAAGGUGAAAGCUCUGUUUUUGCUGCUGUUAAUAAUGAAUGUUGACUUUGGCUGAAUAUAUUAAAAAAAAAAAGUUUUGAAUGAAAU